AGCGUUCGGUUGGUCGGCUGCUUUUAUCCUCCGGUAUUUUUUCACCAUUUGCUGAUUUGAAUAUUAUAUAUUCUGUAGAUCCUGUUCUGUUGAUUUAAAGAUUCAGUGGAUAAUCAUCAUGGCGAGCUAUGAAGAAGUUGAACAAGUGACGAAGUUCCUCCAAUCUAAAAUAAAAACGCAGCCUAUCGUUGGUAUAGUUUGUGGAUCUGGUUUAGGGAAAUUAGCCGAGGAGGUUCAAGAUCCAACCAUCAUUCCCUACACUGACAUUCCUGGCUUCCCCGUCAGUACAGUGCCGGGUCACGAGGGUAAACUAGUGUUUGGUAAAUUGGGAGGUAAGGAAGUUGUUUUGAUGCAGGGAAGAUCACAUUGUUAUGAAGGGUACCCCCCACAGAAGAUUGCAUUGCCUAUCCGAUGUAUGAAAUUACUGGGUGUUAGAACGCUGCUUGUAACGAACGCUGCUGGUGGUAUUAACAGGAAAUAUAAAGUUGGUGAUGUCAUGAUAAUAAAAGAUCAUAUUAAUCUAGCUGGGUUCGCUGGAGUUAAUCCCCUUGUUGGCCCUAAUGAUGAAAGAUUUGGUCCAAGAUUCCCUGCAAUGUCUGGUUCAUAUGAUAAAAAGUAUCGGGAUCUUGCAAGGAGUGUGGCUAAAAAUAUGAAUAUGGAGAGUUAUCUACAAGAAGGGGUGUACAGUAUGAUGGUCGGACCAGCAUUCGAAACUGUAACAGAAUGUAGAUUAUUAGAAAUAUUAGGAGUGGACGCUACUGGUAUGAGUACAGUACCCGAGGUGCUAGUGGCGAGACAUUGUGGAAUGAAAAUAUUCGGGAUGUCGUUGAUCACUAACGAAUGUAUUAUGGAAUAUGAUUCCACAGCCUUCGCCAACCAUGAGGAAGUUUUACAGACCGGUAAACAAAGAAGCGAAGAUUUGAAAAAGUUUUUUUCUAAAUUUGUUGAACAAAUUGAAGUUUAGGUUAAAUUAAUGUAGAAAGCCAAUAUACAUAGAUAUGAUAUUUUCUAUGUAAAUUGCUACUAAACCACGUCAGACUUUGAUGCUUUCUUUCGGUGGUAUUUAUUUUCUAUAUAUUUGUUAUCUAGUUAUUCUUAGAAUAAAAACUGGAAGUAAAAGAGAUAAUGACAUUGUGUGAAAGGUAAUCUUAAUUUUAAAUCCAGAAACCUUGUACUCUAUUUUAAAUGACUGGAAAGACAAUUUUCUAAUUUUGUAUGUAGACCAGGGACACUGAUAGCAUCAAUUUGCACCAUUCCAAUGUAACAAGCAGGAUUUGUAGGUAGUAACAUUAAACAAUUAGUUUUAGUGAAUCGCAGGACGUUAACUUGUCAUCUACCAACAACUUACCUUAUCUGUGAUAUCAGUUAACUGCAAGUUGUUUAUUAAAAUUCUACUUUAGAUAAUUUAAUUAUGAAUCUUAUGAAGUUAUACUUAUAAUAAAUACCUCUAAUUUUAUGUUUUUAAUAAAAGUUUAACUUAUGA